UGUUAUGGAAGAAAUUUGGUAAGAAAAUAGGGUUUGGUUUCUACAGAACGAACGAACGAACCUUCUUCUUUCUCCUCAUUCUGCACAUCGCUUCGCUUCUUCUCAGGGUGGUGUGGGUGGCGGCUCCGAUCGAUCGAUCGAUCGUUGUCUGUUCUUCAAGAACAGGAAGAGGAGGGAAAAAAUGAGCAGCUAUUUGAGUCGAUCAUUUUCAAGAUGCAAUUCAAGUUUAUUCUUAUGUAGUGGAAAGGCCUUACAAUCUGAAGUUUUACGCUUGGGAAAAGAUACAUUCUUGGUGGAUGCAGGACCUGGGUCCGCCAGAAUUUGUAUGCAAGAUGAGCCUAUUGGAGUGCCAAUUAACCGAGCCACCACCAGGUUUGAGAAUAAGGUGGGAUUCGUGGGUCAAGGGGCCGGUGAAUCACUGAUCAAAAAGAAGAUUUUGGAGAGAUUCUUCAUCGACCUAGUGGCCGGCGAAUCACUUAUGAAAGAUCGAGCAACUGCAAGGUUCAAUGAAUUGGUGGGAUCCACAGAUGGAGUGCCUGGUGAACCGCUUCUCCUUCUUCCGCGAAGGUUCAGGCAAAACCGAGCUUGGUUGGAACUGAACAAGGUUUGGCGAACGAAUACAAAGGUGAAGGGCUUUAUGAUUGACAAAGUCAGAGGAGGUUAUUCAGUAGCCAUUGCAGGUUUCCUUACUUUUCUUCCAUUCGGUUCUUACCUGAGAAGGAAGAAAAUGAGGAUAUCGAAUGAUCGAUUCACCAUUGAGACUAUUAACCCCAAAAGGUCAAAUAUUGUGGUGUUCUAACUGCGGCAGAACAAAUAAUAACUUGAUGGGAAAAAUCUGCUGGCAGGUUUUUAUUUCAAUUCAGUUUUUUUUUUUCCAAUUCCGAAGCGAAACCUAGCGUCUCUGGAUAACUGUAUUUGUUGCAGUUCUCUCAUUACAUUACUGGCCACUUUAUCAUUGUCUGAUUUUUCGUUUGAUCACAUCGAAAUUAUGUA